AUGCACAUUCCUUGUCAAGAGAGUAGCGCAACAUGUCACAUUACCCUCCUCCUCCCCCUCCUCCUCCUCCUCCUCCUCCUCCUUCUCCUCCUCCUCAUCCUCCUCCUCCUCCUCCUCCUCCUCUUCUUCUUCUUUUUUUUCAUCCCUGCUUUUGUCACAUCCAUCUCCUUGGAAGUGUUGGAGCACGUCCUUCCAACAGGUCUUGACAGUAGUUCCACGGUUUUAUCGUUAUCGCCUAAUAAUAAGUCUUUUUCAAAAGUCUGACGUCUGCCAAAAAAGCAGAACGCAGAAAAGUGAAGAAAGAGGAAUGUCAAAAAUUUUGAUUCAGUUAAAAAUCCCUCCCUCCUCUACUCUCACUGUUUGGGUUUUUAGACCGUCUUAUUUUUUUCUCAAGUUUAAAUGAAAAAAGACUUUUAGGCAUUCUCUUUCUUUUUGCUCAGUCACACUUCAGCUGGGCAAUAUCUUCUCGUUUGCACAUGGCAGGCUGGAGACGCCGAAAACGCCGGUGAACAUCCGUUUGAGGAUGAGCCUCCCUUCUCAACUCCUGGAGUAUCCUUUUGAACCAUACGAUUUACUUCCUGUUAUAUACCUUGUUUGUACACUGGCUGUCGUGAGUUUGGAAAGCGGCACUCCUAUGCCGCUAAAGAUAACAGUAUCGCGUGCGCUGAACCGUUUGAGCAAACAGAUGUUGUUCGCAUUUGUGGGAGAUAUUUACGUCAAUUUUGGACUCCAAUUUUCUCCCGCCAUGAUAUGGCCUUGAUCCGUUCGGCUUUUAAUACUGAUAUGUUUAUCCGAAAAAACUAGGUCUAUCCGAGACCCCUCACGCACAUUGAACCAUUUCGAGCCUGUUUGUUUUGUGGAAAGCUGAGUUAGAGGACGAAGUUUUGGAAGAAAGGUUGGCGGCGCAAGACUGUUCUUUCUUCCCCGUCUACUUGCCACAAACACCUUCCCAUUUGCCGGUAGAACGCCUGUUAACCACACUUUGUUUUCCAACAGAACGCACAGCGUCUUCGUCACGAGACGGCCAGCCUGCUGCAGGAGAGGAGGCCAAAAGACUCGCCAACAGUGACAGAACAAUCUGCGAUGGUCUACAGCAUAGCAUGCCAAAAUUGUGACUCAAGGUAUGUCGGUGAGACGGGCAAACGCCUCGACACAAGAUUGCAUGAGCACCAGUUUACAUUCAAUCACAGAGAUAAGCUGCUUAGAUAAUUCGACUACCGCCGUCGAGUUGACUGGCGGGGAUGUAUUGUGAAGGCGCCGAAGGUUGAUGGACUGCGAGUGAAGCAUCUGGAAGCCUUCUGAAACUUUUUGCUGCCUCCACAAAAGGUUGACUUAGGAAUGGCGAGCGUCGAAUGUUCAUGGUAUUUGCACAAAAUCAAUCUCUCCGGCUUCACCAUGAUCCAGUUGAAGAACGACUGGGGAGGGGGCUGAACGUGGUAGCUGGUCUGACACAAAAUUCCCAUCUACGCGUACUAUGACCAUGUUGCUGACUACGUUCUCCUACAACGACUGACCUGCAACAUGUCACUGCUUGCGAUUCUGUAGCGCAGUUCUGUAAUCUUCUCCGUUUAGGCAACAGGCUUGCCGGUAGUGCUCUGAAGUCGGUAGGAUAAGUCCUGUACUUAGACUGAGACUAGACACGUCAACCUCAUGACUCUGACCUCGAUCCUGAAAGUCUACAGAAACAGUGGUCGCUUCCUGGUGGUGGUCAAACGUAUCCCGGCUUCGCAGACGCUUAGAGCGCUCACUCAUUAGUCAAAAAAGUCGGUUGCCGUAAAGGUGUUGCACGGAGUGCGUUUGUGCUGGCACAACGCAACCUUUGGUCAGCACUCUUCUUCACGGUUUCGCGUCUUACCCUUCGUUUGAAAAUAUGUUCAGACGUGGGUCUUUUGGCUCCUGAUGCCUAUGAAGUUCAGUUAUUUCGCAAGUAAAUAAAUGCAUCGGAAAUGGAAACAAGUACAGAUCGAGAUCUAGAGUUUGGUGUCGGGAAGGCCUUUAUGCAGAAAACAACAACCAUCGGUAUCGCAGAGUGGUGGCAAUGGGAAAUCGGUCGCCUUGCUCGAUAUCUUGAAGAUAUCUGCCAAGCCGAUAACUGUACAUAUUUUUCACAGUCGUUGACUUCGGAAAUAGGUCUAGAUUAGGGGAAACAUUCCCCACCUACAGCACGGGAGCCCCGCGUAGCAGCAUUUUUGAGUUAGGACUGAGAGGACUAUCCACUAAGUUGACAUCAGUCAACUUGGCUUCAGCAAUUCAGAGUUCGUCCUCCGUACCGACGGCCACUAAAUCAUCUCAACCCAUUCGUUUAUGACCAACUUACGUCGUAUACAACACGAAUUCACUCUUAUGAAUUCGCCGUUUUCAGCUAAAGUUUUGCAAUUGCCGUAAAAAAACAGGACUCAUUGCCCUUAUUUUGUAAGUACCAACUGUUAACGGCCAUUUUACAUCCCGUGAAAACCUUUUGCAAAUUCGGGUUGGACACUCGGAAAUGGGGCAUUUUAGUACAGAGUCCCUUUAUGUUGAUCGUUUUCUGUGACCAAAGAAUGCAACUUAAACAAACUGAACAACUAUUUUCGUUGUUGCCGUCUGCUGGGAUGCGAGUCACAAAGUCGGAAAAUAUGUGCUCUGGGACGGUCGGGACGAAACCUUUGGCACAAUAGUCUGCUCCCCUCAGUGGAUGAGAUCCAGUUAUAUGCACGUUUCAUAUGUUUGGAAGUCUGGUCCACGUAGCUCGGAAAUUUCUUCCUGACAUUUUUUUGCGUUGUUUUUACAUCCAGUGAGUGACCGAUCUCAUGAAAUGUUGGCCGGAAUUCUGAAAUGCGUUUUCGAUUGAGAGGGAUUUCUUAGGUGAGGUUGUAAUAUUGAUUAUCAUGCGGCAUAAUCAUACAGUACUUCGAGGUCAACAGGAUGUCGGCUUUUGAAUGCACUUCUUUCUGACCCCCUGCAGAAACCACGUUCGGUAAAAAAUGACUACUUAUGUAGCAUGCAUUUUUCACAUUGAUUUUCGACUGCCUCAUAAAUUUAAAUAUGUUUUAUAGAAAACAUGCACAAUACGCUCUCCUUUACUGGGUUGGUAAAAAAUCACAUUGUCUUUACCUUUUGCACCCUAAUAAAGUUUAUUUUUCGGCCUUAAGUUUCUAAUUAUGAGAUUUUUGAGACCGUACGAUGUCCAUACAUGCAGCAUCGCACGCGUCCGUUUACCAAUGCUCCUCAGGAAAUGUACAACACAGUCCGGAUCCAUUGCGAAAUUUCAUGAACUCUGUGUGGUAUCUUCUUAAAGACAUAGAGGAAUAUAUGAUUUUCCUUACGCAGAAAGCAUGUCCCUUGUAGACUUAGACGACUAGAAGCUGAUGCAAUGGCAGAUCAGGCUGAAAAUUAUUCGAGAAUUGGGAAGCUUUUUUAAAACCUAACUAUACACUUUCUUCUGUUAUAAAAUAUGCAGAAAAUAUGAUUUUACACCACAGGAAUAAAAGAGAGCAUAUUGGCAGAAUGGCACUAUCGACAAAGACAAGGGAGACUGGAAUGGCCAUUUCUGGCUUAUUAGCCGUCGUCAGCCAGCCAUACCCAACAAUGAAGUGUGCAACACCCGAGGCUCAAACUCGCGACCUGUUAGUUAGGAGCCCAACGCCUCCAACCACUGGGCCACGAGCCCGUUGCCUUGUCGCUUUUCGAUCGGUAAUGUACAAUGGUAGGGGGCGCUCACCGAUCGUUCCUACGGAACUCACUCGUUCCGUUGUGCCUUAUAGGCUCUCUCUCGAGCCCAACCAGCAGCCGCACAGCGGCACAUGAUAUAGGCAAAGUGGUUAGAGGCGUGGACUUCUAAAUAACAGGUCGCGGGUUCGAGCCUCGGGUGUUGCACACUUCGGGGUUGGGUAUGGCUGGCUGACGACGGCUAAUAAGCCAGAAAUGGCCAUUCCAGUCUCCCUUGUCUUUGUCGGUAAUGCCAUUCUGCCUAUAUCAUGCGCCGCUGUGCGGCUGCUGGUUGGGCUCGAGAGAGAGCCUAUAAGGUACAACGGAACGAUCGGUGAGCUCUCCCUACCAUUAGAAAGCAUAUUUUUAUGCAUGUUUUUUUAAAAAUAUAUUUGAAUUUAUGAGGAAAUCGAAGAUCAGUAUGAAAACAGCAUGCUAUAUAAGUAGCCAUUUUUAACCAAGCGUGGUUUCUGUAGGGCGUCAAACAGAAGUGCAGUCAAAAGCUGACAUCCCAACGACCUCAAAAUAUUAUAGGAUUAUGCCGCAUGGAAAUCAAUAUUACAACCCUACCUAAGAAAUCCUUCCCAAUCGGAAACGCAUUUCAGAAUUUCGACCAUUUCAUGAGAUCGGCCACGUACUGUACCUCAGAAAUUUCUGCUUGGCACUUUUUCGCGUUGUUUGGAUAUCCGUGGCUUCACGGACGAGUCCCAGUUCGCAGCAUAUUUUGCAACCAUUGCCAUGUGCUGGCGAGAAAAGCGACCCUAGUAAUAGCAAACGAUUCCUGUAAUUUACUGAUAUUUCGUCGCGUACUUACGUCAGACGCAUGCCGCCGUGCACUGCAUCACGACUAGUUUGACACCUAACCCUCAUUUUCUUCGUCAUCCAAGACCGUGGACAGCUGAUACGCGAAAGGUGGUUGCCAGCAGUUUUUUUCAAGCUGCUCAAGUUGACAAGGAAGUAGGCAGUCAAGCAGCAAUGAGCGUAUCAUGGACCAAACCUGGCAAGAUGCAAAUAACCGAGCCUCGGCUCGUCAGAAUAUCUCGCUGAACCGAAGGACGUUCCUUGCAGUGUUAUUUAGAGUUUUUUUUUACAAUCACGACAUGUGGUCGUCGUCGUUGUCGCCGUCUAGAAGCGUUGCAACUCUCGCCCUGACAUGUGGAGAACGCUGAGCCUAUCCACCGACGGUAGACUUGCCCGCCAGAACAAAUUUUCGGGCUGCAAAUCAAAAUUAUCACAACGCUGGAGUAUUGAGUUGCGCCGGUAUCUGAUUUUCGCCAUUUUGUUAAUUUCAGUGGUAUUUUUGACUCGAUACUUGCCUUUUAAUGGGCAAAAACAUUUCCCCCCAUUGAUGAUUCCCUUCCUAACGAGCUAGUGCUAAGAAGUCAGCAACAAAGUCAUCCUUAACUCAGUUCCCUCUCGCACAGAUUUGAAUCCUCCUUCCUUUAUCAGGCAAAAUGGUUCUACGUCUGCUACGUUUGCAUCCUGAUACCAUUUUACUGGCUUAUAAGACGCCUUCAGAACUACGUCUUUCUAGAGCACCGGCUGUUCAAAGCAAUCAAGUUAAUGGAGUCGGGAGAGUUGGGAGGUUCCAGCUGUCGGACACACCAGCACUGA